AUGGCGGACGAUGAAGUAGCCAAAUUACAGAAUCACCUUGCCCUUUUGCGAGAAGAAUACGUGAAGCUUCAGAACAGACUAGCGGACGUCGAGAGAAAAUACCAGGUGGCGCUGGCAGCUGGCGGGAACAGCGGAGAAUUUCAGGAUGGCUUUGUGUCACGUCUGCUGCGAUUUAUUGCAGAUCUGUUUGAUAAGGAGCAGUACAGUGAUCUGCUGAUUGAGCUCGAGGGAGGCCAUGAUGUCAAGGCACACAAAUUCAUCCUGUCUGCUCGAGGAGAUUCUUGGGGCGUGGCUGACCUGGCCGCUGUGUCUGUACUGGAUAUGACAGAUAUCCGGCAUGAUGUGGCCUAUGCUCUACUGCGAUGGAUUUACACUGACGAGAUAAACAUCAAAGCCCAGGACUCCUUUCUGCUAGAGCUGCUGAGGGCGGCCACCCGGUUCAAGCUGGAGGAGCUUCGCAGCAGGUGUGAGAGCGGUCUGAUGUCCUUUGUGAACAUGAAGAACUGCAUCGUCUUCUAUCAGACAGCUGAAGAAAUGCAGGCGGACAUUUUGAAGAAGCACUGUUCCGAGCUGAUAUCAUCACAUUGGGAUGAGUUCACUGGAGAAGAUUUUGCUCACAUGCCUGCGCCACUUCUCUACAAAAUGUUCAAAACCAAGACGGAGUACCCGCUGCACACUGCCAUCAGAACUGAGCGGGAGGAUGUGGUGUUUCUCUAUCUCAUUGAGUUCGAUUCUCAGCUGUCGGUGAAGGUUAAUGAGGUGGACAACAAAGGAGACUUGUCCCUGGACCUCGCCUUGAAGAGCCAGCAGCGGGGGAUUGCACAGACUCUUGUAGCCAACAAGGCGGACGUCAACCGCAAGGACAACUCCGGGAAAUGCUUAUUGUACAAGGCUAUACAGAGAGGUGAUGAGUUUGCGGCAGAGUUUUUAAUUAACAACGGCUGUGAUGUGAACAUUGCCACCCACCUGGAUAAAGAGACUCCUUUGCAUAUGGUGUCUAGGUUUGAUCCCAAGGUAACAGAUCCUAAAGUCAUUCAAGGGAUGGCCAACAUUGCCAGAUUUUUGGUUGAGCACAAGGCAGACGUCAAUGCCCAAGACUCAACUGGCAGCACCCCCUUACACAACUCCAUCAUCAGCAAGAAUGAGGCGGUCUUUCAUGUGUUGUUGUCAUCUAAGAAGAUCAACCUGGAGGUGAAGAACUCAGACGGUUACACUGCUCUGUGGUUAGCCUUGCAGCAACAGGAAGAUGCUCCUCCCGAGGAGGAGGGCCCAGUCUACGGAGAGUCCAGUUUUGCCUUCAGGUUGAUCCAGGCUAAGGCUUCCCCAGACGCUGUGGAGCCUGAGUCUGGCAACAGUCUGCUCCAUCUUGCAGCCCAGCAUGGCUACCAGGCAGCAGGGAUCUUCCUCACCAGGCACGGGGCUUCUGUUGGACACCCCAAUUUUAAGGGAGAAACUCCUUUGCAUGUAGCCUGUGAAGAGGGUCUGACGGACCUGGUGCAUGAGCUCCUGGAGCAUGGAGCCAAUCCAAAUGCUCAGACGGUAGGCACCCCGACUUCUGCUUUGAGUAUCGCAGCCCUUGGGUACGGAGAGAUCCCACCAGACGUGUCGCAGCAAACGCCGCUGCAUCUGGCCUUGAGUAAAGGUCAUCACUCGGUUGUUCAAGUGUUUCUGGAUUAUAAAAUCAACCUGGCCAAGUCUGGCAAUACAAGCAGAAGAAUCCUGCCCAAUUUUAACGUGAAGGACUCGCAGGGGCAGACCGUUCUAGGCCUGGCAUUGUGGAACCACAUGCACGACAUCGCCGACAGACUGAUCAAAUGUGGAGCCAACAUCAACGAGAAAAACUCUGCUGGCAUGACCUUACUGCAUCAGGCUAUAGAGGCGCAAGACACCAUCAGUGCUCUCUUCCUGAUGGACCAUCUGGCGGAUCUGGAGGCCAUCUCUCCCGAUGGUCAGACGGUCAUCCAGCAUGCCAUCAGUCGACACCUACCUGCCGUCGUGGAAGCUUUAUGUGAGCGGGGUGUCAAGAUGGACAUUACUGAUGCUGAGGGGAACUGUCCACUCUGGCAAGCCCUGGACUCUGGCCAGGAAGAUAUCGCACAUACACUGGUCAAGCACGGAUGUGAUGUCAACUUAUGGGCUCAGAGCCCUGGAGGGUUUUUCCAGACUCUACUACAUCGAGCCCUAGAUCAAAACAAUGAGGCCGUUGCCUGCUUUCUAGUCAGAAGCGGCUGUGAUAAAAAUAGUCCCCGACGGCCGGGUCCCAGCGGUGAAGGUUCAGAGGAGGGGAAUGAUGGUCAGAGUCCCUUGCACAUGGCGUGUUCUUGGGGCUUGGAGAUGGUCGUGCAGUGUUUGAUGGAGCAUGGUGCAGACGUCAACACACAGGAUGCGGAAGGAAAGACUCCCGUUCACAUCGCCAUAGAGAACCAGUUUCCAGUGAUCAUCUCUCUCUUACUCUCCCACCCCAGCCUUGACCUGACAAUUAGGGACAGGAAAGGUCAGACGCCCUUUGCCACAGCUAUGGGUAUGAGGGACAACAAGGCCGCCCAGGCAAUUCUUAACAGGGAGCCUACCGCAGCAGAGCAGGUGGACAGCCGUGGGCGUAACUUUCUCCACAACGCCAUCCAGAAGGUAGAUAUUGAGAGCGUCCUCUUCCUGCUUGGAGUCAACGCCAACGUCAACUCCAGGACACAAGACAGCCAGAACCUGACUCCGCUUCACCUCGCUGUGCAUGCUGGCUCUGAGAUCCUAGUUAGAAACUUGCUUCUGGCUGGGGCCAAACUGGAGGAGCGAACCAAAGCCUGCGAGACGGCCCUCCAUCUGGCUGCCUCCAAGGACUGCAGCACUAUAUGUUCCAUUCUUCUGGACAACGGCGUUGACUUUAAUGCCGUGGAUGAAAAUCUCAAUAAUGCCCUACACAGAGCUGUGAUGAAUGGCAAUCUCAACACGACCAAAGUCUUGCUGACCGAAUCCUCCAUUAAUGCCGAAGCUGUCAAUGCCAAAGGACAGAACCCCCUACACAUUCUGGGCCAGUACGGGAAGGACAACGCAGCAGCCAUAUUUGAACUCUUCCGGGAGACUAUGCCAGACUAUCCCAUAGACAGACCAGACAAUGAAGGAAACACAGUAAUAUUACUAGCCUAUCUGAAUGGUAAUGGCAGCUUGUGCCGGGCGCUAGUUCGUGCCGGAGCCUGCCUGGGUCAAGUCAACAAGCAGGGUCUCAGUAUAUUCAACGCUCCAGUAGCAACUAAACAGUUAUUGUUUAAACUUUUGGACAUGCUGUGUAAAGAGCCACCCUGGAGUGAUGGAGAAGCUUGCCUGGAAUGUUCAGCAAAGUUCACAAUCAAGACAAGAAAGCACCAUUGCCGACACUGCGGUCGCCUGCUGUGUGCCAGGUGCUCCAGCAAGGACAUGCCCAUCAUCAAGUUCAAUCUCAGCAAGCCAGUUCGAGUCUGUGAAGUCUGCUUCGAUGUUUUGUCCAUCGGUGGCCAGUUCUAG